AUGACUGGUCGGAAGAGACAGGCCUCAGAUUCUCUCCUUCCAGUGCGUUCUGCGAAAUACCAACGCACAGAAGAGAACCAGGGCAUCUGGAAUCGUUGGCGUCAACUCGGAACUGACGCAUUCACACUUGGCUACGAAACGGUCCGCCUCGGAUACCUGUCCCUCAUGAACUCCUCUCAAAAGCCAGAUUCAUCUGAAGCCACGUCUCAACAGCCGGACAAACCUAAUCACACCAGUUCUUUGCCUUCGCGAGCUACCCACUCAGCCUUGCCACCUCGUCUGCCCAUACCAGAAGAGUUCCAUAAACCCAUAGACUCGCAACAAAUGGCAGGCCGCUCGCGACUUUCAUCUUCUUUACCAUCACGUUCAGAAUCUUCGAAUGCACCCAAUGGCAACGCGACCUCACCUCCCUCAACCCUCACUGGACACACCUCAGUCACCCCGGUCCCCUCAACCUCGAAGGAACACAUUCCAUGCAGCCAGUCGUAUGAGUUCAUAGAAAGGUCCGCACACGGACGAGGGGUGACGAACAAUAUUCAUCCUCGGCGGAGUCGAGAUCACAUACUCUCUCGCGUUCACAAAGCCAAGGUACAAGAAGAUCGGAAAAAGGAUCGUGAAGCGCUGGUGAACGAACUCUAUCAUUACAAACGCUCUACUGGAUAUACCUCAGAUUUUGAUGCUUUUAAAUCUUUGAUUAAUUAUCAAGCUCGCCUUGAGAUCCUUGAACGACAUGCACUUUCGCCUUCACCGUCACUGACAGACCUGCGCUCGAAGCAGAUCUCACCCGGACUCUCGCGUAGGCACUCGUUCUCAGAUGACGUCGAUCCUGACUUCCUAGAACGUGCACUCAGGAAGGCCAAGAAGUCAUUUGAGCGUCCGCCACCCAAACCUUUCUCUCCCUCACAUGAUCGUCUCCGUUUGUCGGCGCGACACAGAGAUGAAGCCAUUGAGAAUCGUCUGCGGCCAAAGCUACCCAAGGUUCUUCCUCCUGACGCUGACAAGCAAGUCACCGCGCUCCUGUGCAAGAAAGGCCCCAUUUCCAAGGUUGCUCGUGAAUCUGUUAAUGACCGAGAUCUGUCUCGGUUACUGCCCAGUCAAUGGUUGAACGACGAAAUUAUCAACUUUUAUGGGGCCAUGAUCUUAGCACGCUCGGAGUCCAGUAGCAACAGUGUCCCCGCCGCGAAGAGAAAGAUACUGGAUGUCCACUAUUUCAACACUUUCUUUUGGCCAAAGCUGAAGAAUGAGGGCUAUGAGCAGGGACGGCUGGCGAAAUGGACAAAGAAGAUUGACGUCUUCUCGAAAGAUGCCAUCCUGAUUCCUAUCAACCACAAUAAUUCUCAUUGGACCGGGGCUGCCAUCAACUUCCGUCGAAAGCGGAUAGAAUCGUAUGACAGCAUGAAUCUCGACCGACAUCAAGUUUUCAAGGCCCUGCGAAGUUAUCUGGACUCGGAACAUAGAAACAAGAGAAAGAAACCCUUUGAUUUCACUGGGUGGCAGAAUCACAAUCCUGAAGACACACCACAGCAAGAGAAUGGUUAUGACUGUGGCGUCUUCACCUGUCAGUUCUUGGAGUCCUUGUCCAGAGGGGAGGAAGGGUUCCUUUUUUCGCAGCGGGACAUGGCCUACUUGCGGCGGCGGAUGAUUUGGGAAAUUGGUCAUGCCAAGUUCCUGGACGGCCCAUGA